AUGCGAUGCGCGAGCAAGGCCGCCGAGAGCGCGUCCGCACGUCUCUGUGCGGACGCCGAAGCAGAAACUACAGCAACUGAUGUCUCAUCGGUUGCUGAAGCGACCCAGCCUGUGUCACUUGGUGAUGCAAGCGCUGGUCAUGAAGACACUCGUGUCUUCACAGAGUAUGAGCUCGGUGUCUCAUACUCUCCUGAUACGGAAGACGGAUCCGUAUCGACGGCGGUGGAAACCAAGCCGCCUGCCAAGCGUAAUAUGGAUGAUGCUUUGCGUCGCAGCAUCUUUGGUUCAUCUGAUGAAUCAGAUGAACCAUCGCCGAAGCGAAGGCGCUCGAGGUCGCGAGACUCGGGCGCUAACAGUGGUGUCGGUUCUCCUAUGGACACCACUUCACAGCGAGGUGCCAGUACUUCUGUCGGCACGUCGCAGGAAGAGCGGGACCGCAAUGUCUUGCGUCUCGCUCCCGAGAAGAAGGCAUGGAUGCCUCCAAAAUCCGUCAUGGAUCACUUGUCGGCGACGACGAGUGAUCGUUAUCGAACACGAUUGUUCGAUUCGUCAAGGAUCCAUCACCUUGAUCCCAGCGCGAAAAACUAUCGCGCUGAACACGAAUUCUUCAUCGAUGCUUUCUUUAGACACCGAUGGUACAGUGGGAAUCACAAACGUGAUGGUCCCUCACUGCUUCAGGCGUGGAACGCCUACAUCCAUAACCUUGAGGAUGUAGGUCGUGACGCUUGGAACGACAAACUUAUCAAAGCUCGUGAUAAGUUUGAAAAGCGAACCCCGACAGACUCGUGCCCGUGUUGUGUGAACAACUCUGCACGAGCACCUAAGGAGGCUUACCUCCCUAGUAGCCCGUGGUGGCGCGUACGUAUCUCUAUUGAGAUGUACGAAGGGAUUGACAACCUGAAAUCCCUUUACGACCGUGCCGGGAAGACUUUCUCCGGCGGUCCUUCUGCGGCACAAGAUGUGCCGCGUCGUACUGCUCAACCAGACCCAGUACGUCAACCAUCAGUUGGGGGCGGGGCUCCCAAGUAUCCAGGACGGGGGAUAGCCGCGCCACCGGACGAGAUAACUCGUCCGACGUCCGUUCACGUCGCGGUGGUUCAACAGCUGCUCAAUUAG